AGUGCAACAAUGGGCGGUUCGCAGUCAGUAGUCAGCACAAUUACAUUCCAACUUCAACUUCAAGAAUGACAUCUCACAUUGUCAGAAAUGGCUUCGUUAACGCUGAAAGAAAUGUUGUCUGAUUAUCCGCUACACGAGAGUGUGUUCAACAACGACAUCAGAAAACUCUCUGCCCUUCUACGGACACACGAUGUCGCCGAAAAAGAUAUCCACGGGAAUACUGCACUGCAUUUGGCUGUUAUGCUGGGACAUAAAGAGUGUAUACACUUGUUACUAGCCCAUAACGCACCGGUGAGAUUCAAAAACCCGCAAGGAUGGAGUUCAUUAGCCGAGGCAGUCAGUUACGGCGAUCGACCAACAAUUACGACAUUAUUACGGAAGUUGAAACAGCAGUCCAGGGAAUUACUAGAAACCAAACGACCUCAACUGAUCCAGGCAUUGGAAGAUCUGGGUGAUUUCUACAUGGAAGUCAGAUGGGACUUCCAAAGCUGGGUUCCCCUAGUCUCCCGAAUGCUGCCCUCUGACACCUGCCGUAUCCUGAAGCGUGGCACGCGGGUGCGUAUGGACACCACCCUAGUGGACUUCAAUGACAUGCGAUGGCAACGGGGCAACAACACGUUCCUGUUCAAUGGAGAGGCCAAACCGGACACUUCGCUAGUUAUUCUAGACAACGACAAUAAACUCUACCAACGGGUCAGAUAUGAGCACUACAAAACAAGAAAGGAAACUGACAAAGAAUUGGAAGAAGAAGUGGACAUUCUGAUGAGCAGCGACGUCGUCACCAUGACCAUGUCCACCAAGCCCAUCACGUUCACCCGCGCACAGAGCGGGUGGCUCUUCAGGGAAAAGAAGUGCGAAACGGUGGGCAACUUCUAUGCAAACGUCUACGUCAUCAACAACGUCAUCGUUGAGACAAGGAAAAGGAGAGGACAUCUAUCAGAUGAAGACAUUCAAAAGAACAAAGCUGCUCUGGAGAACCUAAACAAAGGCCGAGUCUUACCAGCUAAUCUACAGCCCCAGUACAGACACUCCCUGCCCCCUCCACCCUCUACCGAUAUAACAUGGUCAGAGUACAUCAAAGGACGACCCUCCAGAGCACACAUCGGCAGACCACAAGUGUGUAAAGAAUCCAAGAAGGUCUUCAAGGCUACGGUAGCAUUGAGUGAGGAGUUUCCUAUGGAGCUGCCAGACUUACUGAACAUCUUGGAGGUCCUGACUCCAAUGAAACACUUCCAGAAGCUACGGGACUUCAUGUCUAUCAAGAUGCCUCCCGGAUUCCCCAUCAAAAUAGAUGUGCCAGUCUUGCCUACAAUCACUGCCCGGGUCACCUUCCAUGACUUCCAGUAUCGCGACAACAUCUCACCAUCUCUCUUCAAAAUCCCGCGCGAUUACACCCAAGAUGCGAGUCGCUUUCCUGAGCUUUAACACGCCGGGAAUAGACCAACUAGAAACCACGUAGGAGGUAACACUACCAGUAUUUUUACUUUAAGGUUCUGUAAAUGCAGUUCUAAAUGCAUAUAGGAUCAUUUGCAUAAUUGUUAUCCCAAAAAUAACCUACCAAAUUAUUGUCAAAAAGCUUACUUGGAUUAAACAUGUUAAAGAUUGUGCUGGUACUAAACGGCCAGUGAAAUUGUUCUGUCAGGCCUUCUGUCAUUUCAAAGAAAUCAACAAAUUUAGGUGAUUUUCAACGAUCAGCCU